GAAUGUAUCUGAGCAGCCAAACCCGCGACGAACAGAGAACAGCACACUGAUUCCACCGCGGCAGCAACAAGCGACACAAACAGAAAGCGGGUCUUAAGGCACAGAUCUUCGAACUGAAUGGCAGUCAUGACUCUGCUCUCCCUCAGGCAGUGUGUGUUUGGCUGAGGUCAUGCUGGAACAGACUCUCCAGAGCGGCGGCAUUCUUUAAUGUUUAACUUCUUCUGAUGAUAACAGAACCGGACUCUGCAGGAGCUGAAAGGUACGAGCACUCUCUGGUCACUGUGUGAGGUGGUACAUCAUCAUCUGGUCAGUUUGAUGCUGGACUAUUAUGCUCCAGCUCGAGAAUGCCAAGUACAGUUUUCUCUUUUGCCUCGGAAUCUGCAUCUUUAUUUGCUCUGUCAUCUAUAUCAAGGCCAAGAGCUCAGAUAUUCCCAGGGCGCAGAACCACAGCCUCAGCUGCCACCCGUUCCCUGAUGACUGCCAAGUUCUGCUACCCAGUUCAUCUUCCACAACAAGAUGGCAAAGAACGGCUUGUCGGGAGGUCAGCAACUUCAAGAGUGCUCCCAACUGCGCCUGGAUAAAAACUGAACUUCACUUCAUUAUGGAGCCCCUAAGCAGAGAAGAAGAAGACUACCCUCUGGCCUUCAUCAUCACCAUCCACAAAGAAUUUGAAGUGUUUGUGCGUCUGCUGAGAGCCAUCUACGCACCUCAGAAUGUGUACUGCAUUCACAUAGACCUCAAUGCUCCACUAGUUUACAAAGCAAGCGUCAAAAGUUUGGCUGGGUGUUUCCCCAACAUCUUUCUGGCCUCAGCUAGUGAGAGGGUGACCUACGCUGGCUUUUCUCGGCUACAGGCUGACAUCAACUGUAUGGAGGAUCUGGUAAGGUCCCCAGUCAAAUGGAGAAAGGUCAUAAACCUCUGCGGCCAAGAUUUCCCCACCAUGAGCAACUUGGAACUCGUUCGAUACAUGCAAGGAGCAGAAUGGAGAGACAGAAAUAUGACUCCAGGGAUCAAACAGCCAACCUCUAUGCGAUACAGGACUCAAAGGCAGCAUGUGGAGAUCAGAGGUGUCUAUGUGGUGCCUAAGGGUAUCGCAAAGAAGCCUCCACCACAUAACCUGCAAAUCUACUUUGGCACAGCCUACUACGCACUGACGAGAGCAUUCGUGGAGUAUGCUCUCAACAGUUCAGUGGCCAAGGACCUAUUAGAAUGGUCUAAGGACACAUACAGCCCUGAUGAGCAUUACUGGGUAACCCUUAACCAUGUGAAAGAUGCUCCAGGCAGUAACAUACAUGGUGGUUGGGAAGGGAAUAUUCGAGCCAUUAAAUGGAGGGACCAAGAAGGAACAGCACACCAGGGCUGUAACGGACGCUACGUUAGGAACAUCUGCAUCUACGCUAUUGAGGACUUACCCUGGAUAAUCAAGAAGAACAGCAUUUUUGCUAAUAAGUUUGAGAGCAAUAGCUUUCCUGAGGCUCUGGACUGCCUGGAACAGUGGCAUAGGCACAAAGUCCUUCAACAAGCAAUGGUUCCCAUUAAGUCAUCAUGGCAGCUUGCAACAGAAGUCAACAUCAGUGGUGCUUCCACAGUGGGUUGAAUGUGAAACCAAAGACAUUAUAAAGUUUAAGAAAAGGGCAUCAACAAAAUACAUGCCACAUUGAAAUGUAAAAUGUUGGCACUGGAUAUAACAUACAGAAAUAUGACAUUACUGUAUUCAUUUAAAAAAAGUGUAUAAGAACCACUGUUUUAAAGAACUAUGGGCCUCAUUCACCAACAUCUUCAAGUUUUUUCUUAAUUUGUUCUUGAGAAAAUCCUACGAAAAGUUUGUCAGGUUCAUGACGUGUUCUUAAAGCGCAGAAUUGUUCACACCUUUGUGCUCUUGAGUGUGUGUAUAUUUUGUUCUUACCCAAGAACAAAUCCCAGAUAAAAAAGCACUGACGAAUGUUAGAAUGUAAAAACUUUGUGUGUAGGUUUUAAGAAGAAAUUUCUUCUUAAGAACGACUGGUGAAUGAGGCCCGAUAUUUAUUGCACUGUUGAACUCAUGCUCUGUUUAACUGUGUUUGUCAUAUAUUGUAGAAAUGCUGCCACUGAAAACGUUUUACUUCUUACAGGCUCGGUUUGGAGCCAGCGUGGAGAAAA